GGUAGAGCACCACCUUAAUGUCCCCUCCCUCCCAUCAGAAUCAGAUCUGCCCCCUACACACGGCCAGCAUAGUCACAAGUGUGGUAACCAGCGGGACAGCCAGCAUUGUUCCUCAGACAGGAUGGGCCUUCUACUUCUGCUCACCUCCAUGCUCCUGUACAGCUACUUCCAUUCAGAGAGAGUGGUGAACGCACAGCUAUUAUUCACGAUAACAGCCAUCCAUCUUUCCAUCGAGCCUGCUCCUGAUGUGACUCGGGACACCAAUGUGACUCUGAAAUGCCAGACCUUCGUCAGCAGCGCUGGGCCUGAGGCACUGAGUCGAGAGUACACCAUAUACAAGAAUGGCAACACCAUCUACUCCAAGACCACCAGCACCUCGGAGGAUCUCCUUUACCCUCUGUCCGAGGCCCGAGUCUCCAACUCCGGCAAAUACAAGUGCAUGAUCAGCAUUGAGGGGGAAAACAUGACGAGUGAAGCCAAGAAACUCACAGUAACAGGCCUGUCAAAACCAGUUCUCCACAUUAACAAGGGUGUGGUCAGUGAAGGGGAGGAGAUAACAGCCAAGUGCACAGCGCCCGGCGAGACAGGGUCCUUUUUUUUUUACUUCUUCAUAGACUCCAAAGAGAUCAAGGACAUGCAGGUCAAUUCCAACCAGGCAGAGGUCCAGCUUCACUUCAGCAGUACUGGCAUCCACAAAAUUCACUGUGGCUAUACUGUCCUCGUAACACCAGACUCCUUCAAGUCCAACGAAAGUGACUCUUUUACUGUUUCAGUCAGAGAGCUUCCCAUCGCAGCAGUUUUGGAGAUUUUCCCCAAGUCCAGGAUCUAUGAAGGAGACAAACUCAACAUCUUUUGCAAGGUCAAAAUAAAUGAUUCGCGCACCAGCUCGGAGAGUAUCAGCCUCUACCUGAUGCAGGGGAGCCAGCUUCUCAGCAGCGGAUACUCUGCAUUAAACCACAGCAUGGUUGCUCUGGCAAAGGACCCUGGGGAGUUUGAGUGCAGAUUAAAGAAGGGAAUAGUAAUCAAAUUAGACACAACGGUGGUGUCAGUGACUGAGCUGUUUUCAGUGCCCACUCUCACAAUGUCUCCUGCUGAAGUAUUUCAAAAGGAAUACAUGAGACUAACCUGCAAAAGUGAGAGCUCUGCCUCUGAAAGACUCGGCAGGGACGAGUUGACAUACACUCUUGAUCCACCAGGAAGCCUAAUGACCCCCGAAGGCAACGGAAUAUUUUUGGGCCAGGCCUUGCUGUAUGAUUUCAACUAUACCUGUGUAGCUCAAGCCAAGGAGAUAGUGAAACGCAGUGAACCCCUGACUGUACGUCCUAAAGUUCCUGUCUCAACUCCAAAGAUCUCGGUGGUCGACAGGGCAGUUAUUGGAAAGCCCUUAAAGAUCCUCUGUCAGUCAGACAACGGCAGCCUGCCGAUAAGCUACACCCUGCUGUCGGGGCACGACCAACUGAACACAACCAUCGUCAAAGAGCUCUUUCAAAGAGCUAUCUUCACAGUCAACAUCAGCAAGCCUGAUGAAAUAAGCAAGUACAUGUGUGAAGCUAGGAAUAGUAGGAAGGAAGCCCCUCGAAGCAAAAGACUCAACGCCACAGUCAUAGUGCCGCUCACAAACGCGAUUCUGACCGUCCUCCCCCCCCUAGCAGAAAUCUCUGAGGGAGAUAAUAUCUACCUCAUAUGUGGAGUAAAUGGAACUCCGCCUGUCACGUUUAAGUGGUAUCGUUUUGGCAAUGAACAUCCGCUGCACACCACCACCUACAACAGCAACAACACGAACUACCAGGUCUCUGCAUUGUCCAAAGAGCACAGCGGCAUGUAUUACUGCUCGGCUGACAACCACGCCAACCAAGUCGUCUAUAGUGACCUGGUCACCAUCGAGGUGCGCCUGGCUAUGUGGAAGAAAGUGCUGAUCGGGGGCUUCUGUCUGCUGGCGUUGUCUGUGUUGGGGGUGGUGGUUGUGCUGUGCUUCAAAUCCAAGAGAGGUAAAAGAGAAGCAGCUGCUGAAUUGUCAGUCCUUCGAGCCCUAAAUCAGAUGACUCUUUAACAAUGAGUCUAACCCACGAAACAGAAGUUUAUAACGCAGCCACAGGUAGUUGGUUUUAAUAUUCUCCUGUGUACCACUGACUGUCCUCAUUACUCAUCAUCUUAACGACCAUGAGUCAUUCUUCUCAAAAGUCAUAGCAUGUUUCCUGUUAUAGCCUCAGCAACCCAUUCUCAUCCCAUGAUCAUUGUUCCAAAACGCAUGCAGGGCCAUGUUGCAGUGACCCGGUUAACUCUGUUUGUGUAACUGUCUAUGUUGUAGAUAUCCUGUGAAAGUUUAUAAGCAUGCACAAAACGUAUAUGUUUCAGCAUAUUGUCUCCGUCUGUCUCCGACUUUUACUGCAUGUACAUUGUGUUUAUGUCUGUGUAUUUUCAGAGGCCGGAAAAGUACGAUGUUGUUAGAAUACAGUUGUUGUAAGAAGUAAACUAUCUGAGGUACGAGCUGUGUUCAUGCAGGAACAAGCUGCUUAAGGCUAGUCCACACCUACACAGGUAUUUUAAACAGCGUCUUUCUUAGUUAUUUCUCAACGCAUUUUCAAACAAGCACUGUUUAAAGAAAAUCUCCAUUAGGAUGAAAACACACACUGGCUACCAGUAACGUAAGCGUAGCAGUGACCUCUGAAUUUUACACCUUUGUUGCUCAAAGUAACAUGCAAAAGUUACGUAGUUCAAAACUUCACCUCUUUUUGUGCCUCACAAAUCUAACAAUGCCGUAAGCACCUUUAAAAGUCUGGUUCCCAUCACAUGUCACUCUGAAAACAGUCUUGUAAAAUCUCUGUUUUCAUUGAUCUAAAAGUUUGGUCGGUUCUGUGUGAUUGAUGAAAGUCUACAUUUAAAAAACACCCAUGUACGUGUCGACUAGUAGUUAUGUAGUUAUGACAUUGAUUAUCAAUUGUUACCAACUGCUUAGAGUGCACAUUAUCAUCCUCUUCCAGACGCAGCGCCACUCUAUGAUGGCACGGAGGGGAGAGUGACCAAUGGGGCGCGAGAUAGCGUGGCGUCGCUUCCCGUUGACAUCAGCAACAGGAGCAGCUACAGUAUCCCAGCCACAGUCUAGAGAUGCCCAACAAUGGGCUGGACAUUUUUAUUUACUUUCAAAGAAACAGAAGUUCAAAGAAAGGACUUUGAGAGCAAAAAGGAAAAGAACACAACAGACCCUAGUCCUGUUUGUCAUUUGGAGACUCACUUCACUGAGGUGUUUUCUCAGUAAAAAGGAGGGGCGUGUUUGAAUCAAUAUAAAUCAGGAACUGCUGCUCCCUCUCCCCUCCUCCUGCAAUCUAGGUGGCCUUUGGUUUUACAUUUAACGUCACUGUCUUUGUUCUUUGUAUCUUCCCUCAUCAUGUCCUUGUGAUGUCAUGUCCUUUAUUGUUGCAACUGCUCUGUGUGUCUAUUCUGCAUGUUUAAAUCUUUGUCACUGACUGAGUUGUAUAUACAUUUUAUCACCAUUGCAGGAAAUGUGUGUAUAUAUUUGGUUGAACUCUUGACUGCAUGGUUGGAAGAGACAGUUGUAGAAUAAAGAUGGUGGUGUUAUUUAGAA